GGCAAAGUUAUUCAAUUGGUGCUGGUGUGUUAGCUGUUCACGUGUUAAUUGGAUCCUUAUAACUUGACAAACUCCUAAUCCCUAUCAUCAAAAGUGAGACGGCACCUUCAAUUGGUUUAGUGUUCGAGCCUGUCAGAGGAUCAAAACUGAGCAUGAUCGUGAUAGGAGGUUUGAUCCGUGCCAGGAAAUAAAUAGCUUUAGGCUUCAAUUUUGUUUGUUUUUGUUUAUUACUGAUAAGUGUGUAAAUUGGUGACCAUUCGAGUAGGAUCACCUGUGCUAAUCUCGUAAGUUUGGCUUGAUUAAUGCCUCAUCUGUUUCGAAUUUGUACAUUUACUUUAUGGUCGUUAUGGCCCCACGAGGCCCAUUGAGGACAUUGUAGUUCAUUUUAAUAUCACAAAUUCUAUUUACAAUUUCCAGUCUGUUUUCGCUUAAAGUCUCCACUGCCUAUUCCCAUUUCGCCCCAUAAAAGCCUCUAAGCCCUUCUCAAUUACAAUAAACAAGCGCAAACAAUAAGUCCCCCCUUCCUUAUAACAGCAAAAAGAUCAAAUACCCACCUUACAACAAACAACCCCCCCCCCCCUCUAUCUUCUCUAUCUAUUCAGAAACAGUUUCUAUUUAUACAAUUACUUCAUUUGAAGAGGGGGGAUAGAUAGUUUUCACCGCCUAACAAACAGCAACUACAACACCUACUGAGGAAAAAUUCAAUUACAAUUAUAAAUUAUACAAUUCAAUCGCAAUUAUAACUAGCAACAAUCACUCUCUGUUAACUCGGAGUCUCGGGGGGAUUAUAAAUGUGGCCGAAGUGGCUUAUAAGUUAGUUAACCACUGUCUGUUAGGGACUACUAACAGUAUCCUUUUCCCUUCAGCAAUCAAAUCACAGAUAGUCCAUUUCAUUCCUAACAAGGUGGACAGACCAGACCAGAGCAGACCCAGCUGCUACCCCAAUUGGACAUCAACUAACAGUAACUGAACUAUCUCUCUCUUCCUUUCAUUGUUUCUUUCGUUUUUCAUCUCAAUUCCCAAUCAAGCAGCUCUUAGUUGAUCUUAAAUUGAAGUGCUGCAGGCUGUCAAAUUACAACUAGCAAACGACCAUAAAACAGAUAUUAAUCAAAUUGGAAACCUGCUCAUCUAAAUCAUCCACUUGAGGACCCUUUAAUUCAGAAUCAGUCUCAGUCUGUCUUCCACACAACUGUCCAAUCACAACUGCUCAACUGCCCCACUCAUAUCUGAAAAGCCAUCUCAUUCAAUUUCCUAUAAAUUACACUUCCCCAUAGAAGUCUCCUUCGGAUAGUUUUCCACUCAUGAAAUAGUUGGAACAAAACUAAAACAGAUGGAUUCUUUUUCGAUCUCAAACUUGAUCAAGCGGGAACCAGUGAAGAAGAUGACGACAGAGUCGGCCAACCAAUUCGCUCUUCUAAAUGAGAAGAGAAAUAAUAGUUUCGACCAACUACACAUUCAGCACACAUUCAACAGGUCUGCAGAUGUUCUGAGUGAGAAAGACGGAGACAGAGAGGGGGAGGGGACGAUGAGGAAGCGGGAGCGGAUGGAGUCCACAGAAUCCCACUCUUCCUCUGACCUCCUCCUCCAAUCAGACAGAGACGUCUCCUCCUCCCCCCUUCCUGCCCACGACCACCUCUCCUCUGCAAACGCCUCUGCUCUCGGAGGAGGAGGAGGGGGAGGAGAGUGCUCCAUCGUCAACGGCAUCCGAAGGUAUCGGACGGCAUUCAGCAAGGACCAGCAGGACAUUUUGGAGGCGGAGUUCCGCAAGGAGAACUACGUGAGCAGACCGAGGAGGUGUGAGAUGGCAGCCGCCCUCAACCUCCCAGAGACCACCAUCAAGGUCUGGUUCCAAAACAGAAGAAUGAAAGAGAAGCGUCAAAAACAGACACUGGCAUGGCCCCCUUUCUUCGACCCAUACUACUACGGCUACUUGGUCCACAGAGGGGUCAUACCUUCACAGCCCACUCCGCCCAACCCAUUUGAGCUACAGGGGGGCAACCACCCGUCCCAACACUCAUUCAUGCCCCCCACUGCACCUUCGUCACUUUUGGCGCCAAACAACCCGACCGGCUUCAAAUUCGGACACCCCAUAUUCGGGCAAAACAUGCCCCUGAACCCAAAUGCAGGCGCACUGAACCCCACCAGUUUGCCCAAUCUACCAUCUCUGAGUCAUCUACUGCCACUCAAUUUUGCAAAUAUUCACUCCCAAAUGAGCCAACAAAACUCACUGGGCGCUCUGGCUAACUUGCAGAAGUCUAUUUUUAACGCUCAUAGUCUCACCAACUCGCUAGUCACUCCACAUCCAACAGUUUCUUCAAACGACCCAACUUUCAACCCUCCAAACUCGAUCCCAAAUAAAACUCACCUCUCAGAAUCAACGAACGAAACAAGUUCAAAAAACGACCAAUCUUCUAAAGCAUGAUUAUCAAAACCAGAACAAUAUAGAGCAUUUGGAAUAAUUGGUUUAAAUUUAACUCUUUUUGUAAAUUGUACAAUAAAAUGGUAAAUAUAUACCCCAACAGUAGUAUGAUAAAACACU